UGUCUUUAACUGGACCCAAUUCCUGGUAUUGGUACUAACGUUCAAGUCUUAUUAUUAGGCAGUGUCUGGAGAUCAUUCAUGGCGGUGAUCCAAUGAGAGGUUGUGCCUUGUGACAAGGCUGAACGCAAUGUUGUAGCUUCACUGGAACGAGAGAUUGCAAGAAGAGUGUUACCCUUCACAAAGAAAUCCGGGGGAUGGAGAGAAGGAUUAAAGAGUGAACAAUAAUCUCUCUCUCCCUCAAUUUUCCUACCAGACUAUUUGUCUCUCGUCAAUUUCGUAAUGAUAGGAAGCAGCGGAAGCGGAGGUGAUGUCGAGGCCGGCUUCGCCAAGCUCCAAGGCGAAGACUUCGAAUACUACAUGCAGACCUAUUCCAUAAUCCUUGGCCGGAACAGCAAGAAAUCGACUGUCGACGUCGACCUCGCCAGCCUCGGCGGCGGUAUGAACAUCUCCCGCCACCACGCCCGCAUCUUCUACGACUUCCAGCGGCGCCGCUUCGCCCUUGAAGUGGUUGGGAAGAAUGGGUGCUUCGUCGAGGGCGUCCUCCAUCUCCCCGGCAACCCUCCCGUCAAGCUUGACUCCCAAGACCUUCUCCAGAUCGGCGACAAGAAGUUCUACUUCCUCCUUCCUGUCCGCAGCAUCCUUGGAGGUUCUCUGCCCCGCCACAUCCCUCACGCUCCGCCACCCUUUCCGUCGUCCGCUGCGCAUCUGCCCCCUUCCCGGGUUGCGCUGCCUCCACCGCCGCUUUACUCUUCCAAGAAGGGGCGGGGUAGGGCGUCGAGUGGUUAUUUGGACGAUGAUGACGACGACGACGACGAUAACGCUGUUGGUGCUGGUGCUAGCAAGAAAUUACGGAGAGAAGGGCAUGAGAUGUUUGGAUACGGUGGAUCGGGAGGAAAGACAGGGUCGUCUGGACAAUUAGAGAAAAAAUCAGAAACCAGGUCAAGAGCUGACAGGGAAGCAGACAAUCAUCAACUUAUGCAAUUGGAAGAAAAGGACGUUGUCUCAUCUGUAGCUACUGUGCUUUCUGAUCUUUGUGGUCCAGGAGAAUGGAUGCCCAUGGCAAAACUUCAUUCUGAGCUAGUAGAUCAGUAUGGAAAUAUCUGGCAUCACAGCCGGGUAAGGAGAUAUCUCACAUCAGAGGACUGGCCUGUUAAUGAAUCCAAGGGAAGGCCAUGGUUUGGACUGCUUACAUUGCUGAGGAAAUACCCAGAACAUUUUGUAAUCAACACACGGUCCAAGGGGCGUGUAACGUCAGAGUUUGUCUCCUUGGUUUCCUUGCUAUCAUGAGUUAACUUGCACGACCGGGUAUUUCCAAUGUGAUUCUUCUGAGGCAUGGCACUGGUGACCCUGAACCCCUUCAACCAUGGUAGUAAAUGAACUUUCCCAUUCCCACCGUCGGGGUAAAAACUACAAAGUCCAUUUCUAUAACAUGUAAAUUAUUAGUCUUCGUUUCAGCUUAGUGCUUUUCUCUGUUUUUUUCAUUUACUGGUGUUAUAAUUUAUGGGUUUCUUAAAGGAAAAGUCUCCUCUUCAAUGUCA